UUCAUUUCAUUCGAGUGUACACUAUUUUAAUGAAUUUCUCAAAAGUGUCGUUCCUCUCGUUGUGUGUACAACUUUUUAAUUAGCAAAACAUUGGUGAGUGGAGCUUUAAUUUCGUAGCCAGUGUGUGCGGAACGAUGAAGUGAAUGAGAAAACUGCUCCCAUCUCAUCAGUGACACGCAUCGCCUCCGCCAGCAGAGAGUCGUGUGAGCCACAUCCGCAGACACUCAUUUCUUCCCAUCAGCUGGAGAUGAAGUAGAUACACACUGAACACAGUCCGUCCUCUGACUGCACAUGACGCGCGCACACCUGCUACUGCACACAUAUCGAGGGCAGUUGGCUAAAUGAUGGAUUUCAUUACCUUACUCCUUUUGGCUGAAGAUGACGAUGCCUUAAGCUUUAGUAAUCGACUCUGGAAUGUCUGAUGCACCCUUUGGAUUCCAACUACCGCAUAUCAAAACACCACAUAUCUCCUGAACCUUUAAGGGACACAAAAGGAAUAUGAAUUUCACUGCAGGCUUGCUGAAAAAUGAGCCUCUGCUCUUAAACACCUUGCUGUCCUUGAAUGCCUCUUUCCACGGUGCCGAGGACUUCAUGAGCGAUGUUUUCCUCCAUCAGAGUGGAGAGCUGGAGAGGCUGCUGCUGCUGACGAUCAAAGAGCCCACCACCAUCGCUCUCACGGUGAUGUAUUCAUUAUCAUUUGUGGUGGGAUUCAUUGGAAACCUCAUGGCUAUUCGAAUGCUUACCUGCCAGAAGAGUAAGAGGAUGCAGAGCAUCAGUGCCACCCGGAGUUUACUCAUCAACUUAGCAGUGUGUGAUCUGAUGGUGGUUUGCAUCUGCAUGCCCAUCACCCUCGGCCACACCAUUUAUACCGCAUGGGUGUACGGAGACCUCCUGUGCCGGGCCGUUCCUUUCAUCCAGGCCGUGUCCGUGUCGGCCAGCGUCCUCAGUCUGACCGUCAUCAGCGUCAACAGAUACUACAGCGUUCACAGCCCGCUGAAUUCCCUCUCGUACUUCACCCAGAAGAAGAUCUACAUCACCAUUGUGUGCGUGUGGGUCUUGUCCUCUGCCAUUUGUGCGCCUUUGCUCUUCAUGAUCAAGCUGGACAAGAUCCACUUGAUCGACAUCGCCGUGCCAAUCUGCAGAGAGCUCUGGCCGCAGGCUAGACUCAAGCAGGUCUACAACGUGCUCCUUUUUGUAGCUCUCUACUGCAUCCCUGUGACCUUUAACCUCAUCAUCAGCUUCCUGACUGGCCAGAAGCUCUGGAGGGCUUCUCAACAUUUCUCAGACUUCGAUCCACACAGCCAGGCCUUGCACGCCUCACGUCUGAAGAUGCGCAAGAAGAUCGCCAAGGUGGUGGUCACUUUGGUCCUCCUGUUCGCCGGCUCCUGGCUCCCACUCUACGUAGCAGACAUCCUCAUUGACCACGAAGUUCAUCCCCCUAACUGGGUUCUGCAGACACGCCCUUUCGCGCAGUGGUUGGGCCUCACUAACUCCAGCCUCAAUCCCAUCUGCUAUUGUUUCUUGGGUGAUUUGUACCGCUCUGCCAGAGCAGUCAGGUCCAAGUAUCAUCAGAGGAUGCUCUCCAUCCUUAGAUCCUCCAGCUCUUUUAAACUGUCCAGUUUGCUCUCUCUCAAGAAGCAGAAAUCUUGCCGGCGAGAAGGCGCCGUAAGCCAGGUGUCAGAGGAGACUCUUUCUGAUUGGUGUUCCAACAACAGCCAGAUGGUGUCUCUCCAAAGCCUCUCAGAGAAGAUAAUGUCUACAAGCAAUCUUGAGUUAUCCAACUUGUAGUCACCUGAAAGGACACAUGGCACUUAUAAAGGGAUAGUUCACCCAAAAACAGCUUCUUUUGUAUUCCACAGAGGAAAGAACGUCAUACAAGUUUCGUAACACCAUGAGGGUGAGUAAAUAAUGACAGAAUUUUCAUUUUUGGGUGGACUAUCUCUUUAAGUAUUGUUCAUUUUCAUUGUAGUACUGUCAAAAAGCAUGUGAUUCUGAUGAUUUGAUGCAACAUCAGCAUAAUUUGUGUUCGUAACUAACCAUCCACAGUUACAUUGCAUCGUGACCAGUGUUGGGGAAAGUUACUAUUAUAAGUAAUGCAUUACUAUAUUGCGUUAUUCCCCUAAAAAAGUAACUAAUUGUGUUAC